GCCGGUUGUGCUGCUACGAGUAACGAGUGAGUAAAAUGAAGUGAAGUGAAUAUUACGAUACAAAUUAUGAAGUGUAAUUAGACAGUGAAGUGUACUCUUUGGACUAAUUAGUGAUAUGUGAAUUUGUGUAGAGACUUGGGUACAGAACCCACGACAACAAUGUCGGAGGGGCAGAAGUGUUUAGGGAUAAUUGUUCUGCUUAUCCACAUCGUUAUAACUACGGGAGAAGGUCCAUCACCUCCCCCAACUGCAGAAUCUACAACCAUCAGAGAAGACCAGAACGAGCUUACCGUUUCCUUUCCCCCUAUCGAUGACGUUUUUGGAACACCAGAGAAGCAUUUUGGCACCGAAAACAACACAGUAGUGACGUCACAGACUGGAUCGACGGCGCUACUGCCGUGUGUCAUAAGAAAUAUUGGAGAUGGCAUUGUCUCGUGGAUACGAAGAAAAGAUUACCAUUUAUUGACAGUAGGAUUGACAACCUAUAGUUCAGAUCAGAGAUUCCAAGCUAUUCACCUUCAGCACUCAGAAGACUGGACACUAAAAGUUCGUUUCGUUCAAAAACGGGACGCCGGUAUAUACGAGUGCCAAGUAUCCUCACAUCCGCCAACCAGUAUAUUCCUGCGGCUUAAUGUUGUAGAGGCUCGAGCUCAAAUAUCCGGACCAACCGAGAAGUACCUCAAACCGGGUUCCAUGCUGCGGUUACAGUGUUCGGUGGUUCAAACCACAGAAGCACCUGCUUUUGUAUUCUGGUAUCAUAAUAGUCGUAUGAUCAAUUACGAUGUGGAACGUGGCAUCAAUGUGACAACAGACCCCGAGCAGAGGCUGUCUGACCUCUUGAUUCCAGCGGCGAGCGUGUCUCACGCCGGAAACUACACCUGCGUACCAAACAACGCGGUACCGGCUAGUAUAUACGUCCAUAUAUUCAAUGGUGAGAACCCAGCCGCAAUGCAAUCGUCCUCUCCUAGCUACUUUCAUCUCAACUGCCAGAGCUUCUUAAACAUACUCAUUACUCUUAACUUUAUUAUAAGGUGACAAUUACAAUAAACGUCACCUGAAAUAUGUCCUUUGAGAUGUUCAUAAAAUUUAGCAAAUACAGCACGAAAUAAAUUUUUUAUACCCAGUUAUUUACCUUAUAAUUGAUAUAGUUUUAAACAUCAAUUUAAUCAA